UGCGCCUGCGCUCAGCGGGCUGCGCGAAGACGGCGAGGCGGCGCUGGGGGCCUGGCUCGGGCGGCAGCGACGGCUGCUGCGGAUGGGAGCGGGUCGGCUCUGCGCGCCUAUGGAGCGCCAGGGCAGGGCUACCGCCUCCUCAACCUCGGCCGGCGAGUCGGCGUCCGUGGACGCCGAAGCGCGGAGGCGGGAGCCGCUCAGGCGCCGGGCGAGUAGCGCGGUGCCGCCGGGGUCCGGGGCGGCGGAGGGCGUGAGACGGGAACGGCCUGGCUCCCUCAGCGGCACCGUCCCGGUCGUCCGCCCGCGCGGCGAGGGCCUCCGGAAGAGGCGGCCGCUUUUUCCAUGGUUUGGCUUGGAUAUUGGUGGAACCCUAGUCAAGCUGGUUUAUUUUGAACCUAAAGACAUCACUGCUGAAGAAGAAAAGGAGGAGGUGGAGAGUCUGAAAAGCAUUCGAAAGUACCUGACCUCCAAUGUGGCUUAUGGAUCCACAGGAAUCCGGGACGUGCACCUUGAGCUGAAGGACCUGACUCUGUGUGGACGCAAAGGCAAUCUGCACUUUAUACGCUUUCCCACUCAUGACAUGCCUGCUUUUAUUCAAAUGGGCAAAGAUAAAAACUUCUCGAGUCUCCACACUGUCUUUUGUGCCACUGGAGGCGGAUCAUACAAAUUUGAGCAGGAUUUUCUCACAAUAGGAGACCUUCAACUUCACAAACUGGAUGAACUGGAUUGCUUGAUAAAAGGAAUUUUAUACAUUGACUCAGUUGGAUUCAAUGGACGGUCACAGUGCUAUUAUUUUGAAAAUCCUGCUGAUUCUGAAAAAUGUCAGAAGUUACCAUUUGAUUUGAAAAAUCCAUACCCUCUGCUUCUGGUGAACAUCGGCUCAGGGGUUAGCAUUUUAGCAGUGUAUUCCAAAGAUAAUUACAAGAGGGUCACAGGCACCAGUCUUGGAGGAGGAACUUUCUUUGGUCUCUGCUGUCUUCUUACUGGCUGUAGCACUUUUGAAGAAGCUCUUGAAAUGGCAUCUCGUGGGGAUAGCACCAAAGUGGACAAAUUAGUUCGAGACAUUUAUGGAGGAGACUAUGAAAGGUUUGGAUUGCCAGGCUGGGCUGUGGCUUCAAGUUUUGGAAACAUGAUGAGCAAGGAGAAGAGAGAGGCUGCCAGUAAGGAGGACCUUGCCAGAGCAACUUUGAUCACCAUCACCAACAACAUUGGCUCCAUAGCAAGAAUGUGCGCCCUUAAUGAAAACAUUAACCAGGUUGUAUUUGUCGGCAAUUUCCUGAGAGUCAACACAAUCGCCAUGCGGCUUCUGGCAUAUGCUCUGGAUUACUGGUCCAAGGGGCAGCUGAAAGCACUGUUUUCAGAGCAUGAGGGUUAUUUUGGAGCUGUUGGUGCACUCCUUGAGCUGUUGAAGAUACCCUGACUGUUACCCAGAGGACUUCCUGAAACCUACCACAAGGGCAUCUGUGGACUCUUUUUUUCUUUUUUUGUUUUGUUUUUUAAAGAGACUUAAAGUUUUAUGAUCGUGUACUAUCCAAAUCAGAGCAAGAAACAAAUGUAUUUUUCUAAGUCAUCAAGAUAAAUUCUUAAAAUUCUGUCUAA